AUGGGAGAAGUGGAGAGAAGGAUAAUGCAUUACAGCAGCAACCAGAAGAUACUGCUUGCGGGAGAGGGAGAUUUCUCCUUUUCAGCUUGCUUAGCCACAGCCUUUGGCUCUGCUACUAAAAUAUUUGCCACUUCUCUUGACUCCAAAGAGUCGCUAUUGAGGAAGUAUGCACAAGCUGAGAGACACUUGAAACACUUGGAGGUCCUCGGUUGUACUGUUGUUCAUGAAGUGGACGCAGGAAGCAUGAGCCAACACCUCCUUCUCGGACUCGAGUCAUUCGAUCGGAUUGCUUCAACUUCCCACAUGCUGGUUUUGACCUCCGAGAGCGAGACGAUGUUCAAAUCUUGUGGUUUUGUAUUGGGAUGUGAUACUCACAAAGUUUUAGUGGGAAAGUUUUUGAGGAAUGCAAAGGAAAUGCUGGCUGAAGAUGGAGAAAUUCACAUUACCCACAAGACCUUGUAUCCUUUUAGUGAAUGGAACAUUGAGAAACUAGCAGCAAGGGUGGGUCUCAUUCGGAUGGAGAGGGAAUAUUUUCGUAAAAGGGACUAUCCAGGUUACGAAAACAAGAGAGGCGAUGGGCCCGAUAGCGAUGCCACUUUCCACAUUGGAUCAUGCAGCACAUUCAAGUUUGCAAAGUACUUUCUAUAUAAUGGUGCAUCCUUUGAACUGUAA